UUUUAUUUUUGUAAGUAGAGAGAAGCCACUCUUUUCUACUACCAUUGUUCAUCAACUUCUCUUCUGCGGCGGACACCUCACUCUCCUUUUUCUUGUACCCUUUCGCUGGAACUAAAAUCUCAAUGUCCUCCAGAGUGAAACAAGAAAAAACAGAAGGAUUUUAAAAUCCAAAUAAAUAGGGAGGAAAAGAUGUGAUUUUUGUAGGGGUUUUUGGGUGCUUAGGAGGAAUGCUGUGGAUUGACUGAAUUUGGGGAUUUUUUGCUAUUUUAUCCCCUGCUUUCUUUGAAGAGGAAAUGGGGAGUUCGGGUGAGUCAAGUGCCAAAGCCAUUGAUGCGUCGGUGGGUGGGCUGGUGUGGGUCCGCAGGCGAAAUGGGUCGUGGUGGCCUGGUCGAAUUUUGGGCCCAGAUGAGUUACCUCAGAGUUGUUCUGUUUCACCAAGAUCAGGCACUCCUGUUAAGCUCCUUGGCAGAGAAGAUGCCAGUGUGAUUUUAUUUGGCAAUAUGGGGAAUCUUCCUUCUAUGGGUAAAAGGGACUGGUAUAAUCUUGAAAAAUCUAAGCGGGUGAAAGCCUUUCGUUGUGGGGAGUAUGAUGAAUGUAUUGAGAAAGCCAAGGCUGCUGCUGCUAACUCUUCAAGAAAGGCUGUCAAAUAUGCUCGAAGAGAGGAUGCCAUUAUUCAUGCUCUAGAGAUUGAAAGUGCUCGUCUUGGGAAAGACCAUCCAAAUUUUUUCUCAAGAAUAGAUAAAGAAGAUGGAGAGCAUCAUACCAUGGAAGACUCACAUACUUCAUCUAAUCCUCUUGAAGAUGGUAAGGAUUUAGAUGAGGAACUGACUAGUUCAGAAGAUAAUUCAAAUUCUGCUCAAGAAUUAUCUCAAUCUGGUGUAUCAUUUGAGGCGCCAAAUCAUGUAAUUGCUUCUAAUGAGAAACCUGUGUGUGGGAGACGGAGGAGAACACCAAACGACUCAGAGGAUGAUGGAACUGAGGGAAGUAAGCGCAUGAAAGGACUUGAUGACCUGGGGAUGGGUGUGGUGUCAUCUCUGAAAAGGAAGAGAUCUCAGGUGGCACAUGUUCAUGAUUUUUUAAAGAGAAAGAACCGUCGCCGACCCUUGACAAAGGUUUUGGAGAGUACAGCAAUGGUGUCUGUUCCUAUAAUGUGUGAACAACUUCCUAGUCCAACUGGCUCUACUCUCGUAGGGGUGUCUGAAAGCAAAGUUUAUGGGUUACAGUCUAUAGAGUCUGGGAAAAGUUCCCCUACUGUACUCAAUAACGACACAGAUAAUAUCUCAGUUACCUGUGUGAAUGGGAAACCAUUGGAUGCAUUUGGUUACGCUCAUGAUUCUUCCCUUGUUAAAUGCAAACAGAAAGAGAGUGAAAUUUCCAGCAUUUUGGGGUUGUCUGGGAGUGGCUCUUCUGACAGGCUGUUUGAUGUGCCUUUAGUUACAGAAGAGAAGCAUUCUGCAGGCUUGUCUCCUAUUAUGUCUUGUACAUCUCAGAAGGCUCAAGGUGGUGUUGGGGCACAGUCUAGCCAGGGCAGCCAAGUUGAAGCUAUUUCGUUUGGGAGUGAGGAGCUUGAUGACUCAGACUCUACUAGUUCUGGUAGUGACGAUUUCCAGUGUUUCAGCCAGAGGAUGGAGAAAGGAACUUCAAAGUGGCAGUUGAAAGGAAAGAGGAAUUCAAGGCAGACAAGUCGGAAAGCUGGUUGCUAUAAUACUGGUGGUUCCCAUGCUUCAGAGAGUUUGACAUAUAGUUUAAAGUCGAGACCAGCAACAACUAUGCCUCAGUCCCAAACUAGAUCCAUAGUGGAUGAGUUGCGAGGUUGGAGCAGGAAUGUUUCUCUCAGAGAAGCUUGUAUGAAGGGGCCAACAGCAGAGCUGCUAGCUCCCCAAAGGUUGCUACCCUAUCGCCAGUCUCGAUAUACAGUUAACCCCAAGUAUGAGUCAUCAGAUUUUUCUCUUAGGCACCACAUAGCUGAUUCUUCACUGUAUGAUGUUAAUCUUGAGGUCAAAGCCAGCUAUCGUCCACAGCAUGUUCCAUAUAUUUCUCUAAUGAGCAAAUUGAAUGGUCAGCCUAUCAUAGGUCACCCUCUCACAGUUGAAGUCUUGGAUGAUGGCUUUUGUGAUAAUCUGCUAGUCAGUGGAUCUGAGUGCUAUAGCAGCAGCUAUGACUUGGAUGAGGAUCACAGUGAGAACAACUCAGCUUUGCAAGGUGCGGAUAUGGAUUAUGAAUCCAAGCCAAGUUUGGCGGCCAGGAUAUCGACUAGGCAUCACAUGGUGCAACCUCGUGGUUCACCAACUAAGUCACCCAAGACGAGGAAAAACGGCCUCCUUUCAAAGAAGAUUAGAAAAUUGUCUUCCUUAACUGGUUCUCACCAACAAAAUAAAGAGAAGAAACCUGUAGUAGAGAAGCUUAAAGGCCCUGCAGUAGCUUGUGUCCCCCUGAAAAUAGUGUUCAGUAGGAUAAAUGAAGCAUUAAAUAGCUCAGUACGACCUGCCCACCGUUCUAUUAUACCAAGCAUUGGUUGAAUGAUGUUCCAUUGACCGGAAAGGCCAGAGUAGUGGACUAUGAGGAUUUGUUCUGUAGGAAUUCUGAUUUUUAGCAGCCCAGUCUGGAUUCUCGAGUUGAAUCAUUUCUGUACAAUAACAGGGUGUGAUUUGUGGAAAAUGUGGUGCUGGGGGAACUCUGCUGAUUGGCUGCUUUGCCUGCUGUAUAUAAUGUAACGUUAGUUGAGGUGUAAAAAUGGUGGUCUGAUUAGGAUGGGUUCAAUUUUUCGACUUUGAUUUAGAGGGUUAAUAACUUUAUGCUUUUUGUAUUUAUGGUACGGAUUGCGCUGGCUACUUCAGUGCAUCAUUUAAAAUCUCUUCCCCUUCUAUUUAUUUUGUAUUUUGAGAUGUUAUGAACUGAGCCUCAUUUUUGAGAAUGAAAAAGCGCGGAGCUUCUGGCACAUGA